ACAAGUGAUUGCUUUUCUUUCUUCAUUUUUGGAAGCCCUGCCUACCACACGGUCACACUGUACAUCGCAGUUCUUGAUGGAUGAAGAAAGCGAACCAAUUCAGCCCCAAGACCAGAGCUGCUGGGCCAGUCUGCCCGAUGUGUGCCUGCACCGUGUUUUCUGGUGGUUGGGAGACAAGGACAGGUCCAGGGCGGCCCUUGUCUGCAGAAAAUGGAACCAGAUGAUGUAUUCAGCUGUCCUCUGGCGGUACAGGACCAUAACCUUCACCGGGAGACCUUCCAGGGUACAUGCUUCUGAAUUCCAGUCGGCUCUUUGGUACGUUAAAAAAUUUGGUCGUUAUCUGGAACAUCUGGAGAUCAAAUUCCUGAACCCUUACAACACGGUCUUGACCAAGAAGUUCCAGGUCACCAUGCGAGGCCUUCUCUCAUGUCUGGGCAAGAGCAACAACCGUCUGAAAUAUCUUUCCAUCCAGCACCUGGAGCUGGACCGCCUGGUAUGGAGGAACAGCAUCAGGAGCUCAUUCAUCAAGAGCUUUAGUUUCUUCUUAAAGAAAAUGGGCAAGUACCUAGAUCACCUCAACCUCAAAGGGGCCAGGAUGACCUUGGAGCAAGGCUGCCAUGUUCUCAACUCCCUGAGCUACCUGAGGAACAAGAACAUGAUUUCAGAGCUCAACAUUGAGGAUUACUUCAGCCAUCACCUUGCCAUCUACAGCAGCCCUCAGUUCAACAACACCAUGGCCACGUUCCACAAUCUGGCAUUGCUGACCCUCAACUACAACUGUAUCUCUGACGAGCUGCUGGAGACCUUGUGUGAGAACAGUGGCAGUACUCUCAGGACCAUAAACAUCAAAUGCCACAUCCAUGACCCCCACGGACAGGUUGUCUGGGGCAUGUCCUGGGCCAAGUUAGCCAGUCAGGCUUCCAACCUGAAGGUGAACUUCUUCUUUGAGCGAGUCAUGAAGUAUGAGCGCUUGGCCCGGAUCCUCUUGCAGGAGAUCCCAGUCAGAAGCAUCAGUUUGAGAAGCUGUUAUUUCAGUGACCCCGACUGGUCCAUGCGGCCCACUCUCAUGGAUCUCCUGCCCACCUUUCGGCACACCCUGCAGAAAUUAACUUUUGAAUUCAACAACAACCAAGAGUCGCUUGACGAGGAACUGCACCUCCUCAUCUUAUCCUGCAGGAAGUUGUUUUACUUCAAAAUCUGGGCUUUCCUUGAUGUUAAAUUUGUGGAACGGAUCCUGAAGAGUCAGGAAGAGGGGCAGUGUGCCCUGCGCACACUCAAGGUGAGAAUUUAUACAAACAGAUAUGAGACAAAUGAAGAGGACAGGACCCUGCGGGAAAUUUACAGGAAGUACAGAAGGUUGAUCGAUUCAGAGCUGAGCUAUUUCGUCAUCGCUUACCCCAUGAUGUAAUGAGCGCUCUCCAGAGGAAAAAAGCUAGCAGCACUUUGAACUUGAAAAUCCGGUUCUCAUAAAACUACACUUGGGGCACCCCCCGCCCUUCUCCUCUCUCUCCUUUCUUUUAGCCAAUUCCACACCAACAUGAACAGCCCAGCAAAGGCUGGGACUGCUGGUGACAUGAAGGCCCCAGGUGAUUUUAAAGUGCUAUCUUUACCAAC